UCUUGCAAAGUGGGCACAAAACACUACAUAGCUGAUGUGUAUUGUUAAGAAAAGUGAGGUUGCGAGGUUUCCAUUACACAGAGCAUAGAAAUAUUAUAAAAAUGUAGGUAUUUCACUUAAAAAGUCCUGUUGUUGUCCCAAACUAUCUUUAAUUCACGUCUGUCAGCUGGAGGCUUCCCCCGCUGUUACCAAGCAACAAGACCCAGCGCCUGUCCAGCUGCCCGGCCGGUCCGGUCCGCCUCCAGACGCUCCAGCGCUGCUGAUACAUUAUUAAUAAUGCCCCCGAAACUAAACCUGCCCGAGGAAAAAACAAACCCAUACGUCAGGACAGAGAGAGACAGAAAUACUGAGGCUAGUUACAACAUGUGAGAUGUCAGGAGCGAGAGCAUGGCUGUGGACCGGGUCAUCUUAAAACUAACGUUACUGCUGCUGAAGGACCAGUUCAAGACACACGAGUGCUCCAUGCGCCUUCCUUACCCCCUGUCUUCACACAGGUGAAGCGACACCUUCUGCCACAUACGAAGUGUCCAUGGAGGCAGAAUCGGAGGACUCGGACGAGGAUGUUCAGGGAGAGGACAAGCCCACUGUGCUCUGGCAGAAGUGCAUUCAGCAGAGCAUCUUCGUGGAUCUGAGUGAGGAUGAAAGUCUCCACCUGAGCGAUUUUGAGAAUUCUCUGGCUCUACAUCUGUCCCAGGCGGAGUCUGCUGCCUCCGAGGCCAGCAUCCAUCUCAGUGAGAGCUCAGAGCUGUCAGGCCUUGACGUCACCUCCUCGGAGUCCAGUAAUGUCAGCAGUCAGAGUGAGAGAGUGGUAGAAAGCAAGAAAAGCUUGUUGCAUGUGUCUGCCAGAAGACCAAACACCAUGCAGGAUGAGCCGUCUUUGGAACAGAGGUUAGAGGACCUUGGGCAGAACACGAGUGACGAGGAUCAGGAUGAUCUACCUUACGACUGUGACCUCGGGAGCCUCUACUUCAACCAGACAGCUGGUGGAAGUGAAGCUGUUCAUGCAAGUCCCAAUCCUCCUGGUUUGUUUGACUGUAAUACAACAAAUAGAGAUGAUGUUGUUGAACCACUGGUUUCUGUUGAGAAACCAGCAGCUUUGUCGCAAGAGGAUGCCAACAUCAAAAAUGACGACUUUAUUGAUGUUGCCCCGUCACCCUCCCGCCCUCCUGCAGACAUUAACCAGUUGUUGCUGCGACACUUUUCCCAGGAGGAGCUGCUGUGGUCAGGCAGGCUGAUCGAGGCGGAGACCCUGCCGGAGGUCUCCCUGCUGGAGAGUGUGGAUGACACUGUUUUGAGCUUGGCUCCGACACACAACAGCUCAAAAGUUAUUGGUCGCCACUCAGAGAGCCCCCCAUGUAGAUCUGAGGUUGAGUGUGAGAGUUUCAGCUCUGGCAGGACUGAUGGAACGAGUAAUACUGUAUCUAAAAGUUUAGAGGAAGAAGCAGAAAGGAGAAUUGAUAAAGUCACCUCUGCUGACAGUGUGACAUCCAGCUCUGCAAGCUCAGAGUCCAAACAGAGCAGCAGGGAAGUAAGUUCUGUAGAUGUAGCAGAGCAGGAACAGACCGGAGAGGACGAUCAGGUUCAGAGAGUCCCGCUCGUGCGCACCAGGUCCUUCAGCGAGAUGAAGUACGGUCAAGGCCAAGUCCAUUACCCGCGCCCUGAUUUCUCCAAGGUCGCCUCCAAGGUAAAAAUACCAAAAACUCCAAGUGGACCUGCCAAACCUGCUCCCCAGAGCCCCAGCAGCAUGCACAGAGCUCAGUCCUCUCCGGGGAUGCUGGAGUUGGUCAGCAGAGUCCUGGAGGAUUCAGUCCAGCCGUCAGAGAAGCCCUACAUGUUCAAAGACGAGGUCAAGACUCCUCCAGCUCUGGUGCAUCACCUGCAGGCCGAAUAUGAUAAAUUAUUAACCAAAUAUGCUGAAGCAGAGAACCUUAUAGAUCAAAUGAGACUCGGAACUAACGCUCAGCCCUCCUCAGAGUUGAUGCUUUGUUUUGAUGAUGAUGACGAUGAUGAUGAUGAUCAUCGUCAUCAUCAGGGAAACUCACCUGCAGUCAAGGGAAGCCAUCUUGAGUCCCCUGCUCCUCAUGUUCCCCCGCUAGAAAGCUGCAGUGAAAAAGUAGAAACGGCCCCUCAGAGCAACACUGAAGAGGGGAGCGCAGCGUCGUCCAGCCUGCCUGACGAGGCUCCCAGUGAUGGUGAAAGAAUGACCUCUGAGCUGAGGGACAUCAUAAGCCAGUUCAUGCAGACGGUGGAAGAAUUCAAAUUGAGUGUCGGCAGCAUGUCAGUGAGCACGGCAGAACAGCAGAUGAUGCUGAGGAGCAUGAUGGAGGCUCAGGACCAGCUGGAAAGAAAAUACAUCAGUAAGAAGGAGGAGCACCGAGCUCUGGAGAUGCAGAACUACAUGGGCCUGUCCAGGAACACCGGCAGCUUCGACCCGAACAGGCUGGUGGAGGGAGACAUUUUUAGGAUAGGGAUGCACCUCGAGGACAUAAAGGAGAUGAUAGACGGGAACGUGUGUGCUCAGAUUUCUCCCCCUCACUCAUCCUCCACUCCCACACACACGAGGGAGGCGCUGCAUGUGAAGCCCCCCCCUCUCUGCAUGCCCACACCCUCACCUCCACCAUCCCUGCACCAGGGACCAUGUGCAGGGUUUUCCACUGUGGGUUAUAAGAUGGAGUCACGUAAAGAAGAGGAUGUGGAUGAGGCCUGUGAGGUCCACGGAGAUGAUGUAUCACAGCAGAGUGGUGAACUCAUAACAACCGACUCUUCACUGCAGCGUACUGGACACAGCAGCUACCUCUCAAAGAGCUCACACAGCUCUCUGGAAGGACGCGACACCCAGGCAGCUGAGGCUGAAGAGGAGACCAGCACCGUCUUGUCGGAGGCGAUAGAUCACAGUGACAUUCUCGCGUACCUGAGUGGGGCGAGGUCAUCAUCCAGACAGAAGCAGCAGACACCCAGCAGUUGUAACACCCCGGAUAGCGUCCUGAACCCAGCGGAUGAAUGUGAUCUGGGUGAUUGUGUGAGUCUGGCUUUGGAAGUCUCCUCUUCCUCUGAUGCACCCAGACACCCAGACACCCUGAGCCUCCCAGAGCCUCCUCUCAACACCUCGUCUGUAUUACAGAGGAUUGUGAGCCCAGAGACAGACAGCGGAUUUGGGAGCUCCUACCUGAACCAAUCAGGUUCUGGAUCAUCUCAACCAAAUCUGCUCACAGAAAGCGUGCAGUCCCAGAAUGAUGCUUUAAGUAGCUCCGGCAGCGAGGGCUCCUGCUCCAACCUGCAGACAGCCAUCCAUUCAGCCAGCCUCAGCAGCCAGCGGUGGGCCAGUCCCCACCCAUCCGUCCAAACACAGUCCUGUGGUGCAGCAGCGGCAGUGGAGCGAUGGGUGGAGAGCACCACUAAGGAGCCUUCAGUCAGGCCGCAGGGAUCUGAACGCACCACACCCUCCCAGCUCCAUCACCACUUAUCUGAACCUGUACUCAGCACCUCCAUGGACGGAGAAGAGAGGGGCAGCCCACUGUAUCCUUGCUCCUGUAAUAGUGAGGCGAUCGUGGCCUUGCAGUCGGAGGUGUCCAGGCUGAAAAAGGACCUCGAGGAAGGCUUGGUCCAGCUGCCUCACCUGGCAGAGAAGAUGGACUAUCUCACCUCCAAAUACAGACAGGAGCGCAGGUCUAAAACCAGAAUGCGGAGCCACCACAGGCCAGCAUGCAACAGUGUGUUAAAGCCAUCGAGUAGCAGACAGAAUGUGAGCGAUCUUAGCUCCAGUCAGGUGAAGAUAGAAGACUGGAUCUCUUCAGACAUGGACCCCAGCAAGAGCAAAGGUACAGACAGCGGCGACACAGCCGGCUCUGAGAUCAUGUUGCAGUCGAGCGAUUCGCCUGUAGGGAGCAGGAGAGCGCCUGAGUUUCAAUACAGACGUCAUGGGGCCCUGCAGUCCAACAGAGGUUUGGAGAGAGACGGAUCAGUGAAAAAAAACUCUGAUCUGACAAGCUCUGUUUUAAAAGGAGGGAAAAAGGAGGCUUCUGAUGGCCAUGUGAAGCAAAGACCACAGACAGCCUUCAUGGAGAGUCUUCACUCCAGGAGGAGAUGGUCUGUUUUCUCCUCUCCAUCUCCACAGAAGCCUCUCCUCCAGGUCGGCUACGGCUCCUCCAGCAGCCUGCCCGCCAGCUACAAAUUGAGGGAGCCGCCGCUGCAGCCCUCGUCCCAUCACAGAAAGCGCUCCACCCAGUCGGACACGGCGCUCCUGCCCAGUAAUGUGUACUUCCAGCGGACACUGUCUCCCGUGUUGGUGCCCUCAAAGACCAGCAGCAGGACAGGCAGACGCAGAGGCAGCAAGGAGGAGGAGAUGAACAGGACUCUAGAUCACGCUAUCGAGAUGGCCCGAAACAUGGAGAGGACCACAGACAGAAUGGCCAAGAGACUGUCAGCUGAUCUGGCCAAAGCUCAGCUCUACAGGAAGCUGCACGGCUCACAGCCACUAGAGGGCAGGAAACACCAGAUGUUGUAACAAGCAGGGCACAGAAAAGUUAAAUCAUCAGUCUGAAACCUGAUGCAUAAGUUUGUCUUAAGUUAUUGCUUUUGUACAUGGUUGUAUACUUAUAAUACACUGAAAAGCCUGGAAUCACACUGUAAAAAUAAAAAAAUAGGAUUUUA